GGCACAGUGCGAUCCAUGGUAUUUUCUACAAAUGGAGGCCAUAUAUCUAGUAUCUUCUUUUUCUAAGUUUUAAACAUAACCAAUUUGGAUAUGAAAAAUAGAAAGUGGGGGGUUCUGAAAAUCAAAAGCUUGUUUCGAAAUGGGUACCGUAGAGUAUGGGUUCCCGAUGAUCGGAGGAUUAAUGCCACAAAUUCAAGCUCUCAUAGCACCACCCGUAUCAGAAGAUUCAAAAACAGCAAAAAAUAAAAAAGACAAGGAAGAGAAGAAACAUCCAUAUUUUAAAAGACGAGGACGAGGUCAUAAUCAUGAUAUCUGUGAUGCCUGUAGGGAUGGAGGAGAACUUAUAUGCUGUGACAAAUGUCCUGCGUCAUAUCAUUUGCAAUGCCAUUAUCCAGCAGUGGAUCCAGCAGAUAUUCCUAACGGAGAAUGGUUGUGUUAUGCUUGUCGCUGUGCUUCGAAAAGAAAUAUUUUGGAUAGUAAAGGAAAUGAAAAGAACAAGAAGAAAUCUGCUCUGGAGGUACUAGCUUUAGCAGCAUCCCUAGUUAAUCCCAGAGAGUUUGAAUUGCCUAAAGAGUUACAAUUACCAAUAAUGUUUCCUGGUAGUAAUAAAGUAGAUUAUGUUUCGGGUAGAAGAGGGAAGCAACAAUGUGGAAAUAAUAAUGUAGGAAAAAGUCAUUGUUUGGACAGCAAUUUAAUGGUACCUUUGCCAGCACGUUUAUGUUUCGAAUGCGGGCGUAGUUGCAGAAAAGCGCCUUUAAUUGCAUGUGAUUACUGUCCAUUGUAUUUUCACCAAGACUGUUUAGACCCUCCACUAACUGCUUUUCCUAUUGGUAGAUGGAUGUGUCCUAAUCAUCCAAAUCAUUUCAUAGACCAGAAUCUAUUGACAUCGUGUAGAGUAACAGAACGUAUCAAGCUUUGGGACAAAUAUGCCAAUCAACGUAUAGAUCAACAUGCAGUGAAGUUAGCUUUUUUGCGUAAAGCGCGUGCAACGAACCCACUUUUCCGUACAAAGGUCAAAUUGGAUGGUCGAACAAGAGUAAAGGUUCCCUGUUCUGUAAAAUUCCACUAUGAACACCCUCCAGAAUUAGAUCCUGUACGAUUUUAUCAUGAUGCUGUCAUACAACCAAUAGCCAAGAAAACUAAAGAACAAGAUAGAGAAAGCAAUGAUAGCAAAGCUCUUAAAGUAGAAUGCACAGAUAUAAAGAAGACAGAAGAAUUGAUGGAAGUAGAAAAAGAAGUUGAAAAGAGUAAUGAGAUAAAAGAAGAAAAUAAUCAGGAGGAGACAAAUAAUGAAACUAAAUGUAAGGAGAAAGCAGAAGAAGAAAGUGUAGAUGAAAAUAGGUGUAACGACGAUAGUACGGCCGAAUAUUAUGCAGAACGUUUCAGUUAUGAUGUAAAAGAAGGUGUACAGUUACUUGAAAGACCAGUAUUGGAAGCAUUAGCAUUGCAACGGUUAGAGCAAAUAUUAGAUUCAGACGGAGAAAAUUAUCACACGAUUAAUUGUCAUAUGAUGGCUAGAGCUGCAUUGUUUUCAUUAAACCAUAAACCUAAACCACCUGUUUUCAUGUUUCAUAAAACGCUAACUAUAGGAAGUGGCCCAAACUGUGAUUUAGUUUUGUCCAAUUAUGGUAACUGCAGCUAUACAUCUUCAAAACAUGCUAUUAUUUUCUUCGAUGAGGUUACAAAACGUUAUGAAUUAUUAAAUUACAGCGAAUAUGGGACAAUGGUUGAUAAUGUACUUUAUUCUUGUAACUAUACCGAAACGGCAAGAGAACAAAUAAAAGAAGAAACUGAUGAGAAAAUACAAUCGAUAACUAAAGAACAAGAAACUACGGAAGCAGUGAAAGCUAUUAUUAAAGAAAAAGUAUUGCUUUCUCAAGAACAAACGGAAAGGAAGAGAGUAUUAUGUAAAUGUAACUUAACAAAAUACGAGAUGCAAGAUACACAUCAUUUAGAAGAGGGUUGGGAAGGAAGUGCUAUUGUUGCUCAUGGGUCAACAUUAGCUUUUGGGUGUCUAUUAUUUGUAUUUAAUACGAUAAAUGCACAUUUGGAACGGUGA